AUGCCGGAGGAAAUCGAAACGGCAGUUGCCAUCGCCCGGGGCGGCGGUUGUGGAUUGAAUCUUUCAAGCUUCCUAUCCUACUAUGGACUCGCGCGAGAAUUAUUCGAGCAGUUCAAUUCUUCCAAAGGCACACUAUUUGAACUAGCGAACGAUGGGAAAUAUUUGCUGCCAUGGCUUGGUUGA